AUGCGUGUGGAACGUGUAAAAGUAUGCAUAAGCCGUUGUACAGUGAUUGUGUUAACGUUUUGCCAUCGCGUACGUACAGAGUCAUCUGUGGACGUGGAGAAGGCCGAUAUCUCAUCUGUCAGUGCGGAGGCGUUGAAUGAGGUUGAAGCGGAUACUUUCUGGUGCCUGAGCAAACUACUGGACGGAAUACAAGACAACUAUACGAGCUCACAACCAGGCAUACAGCGCAAGGUACAUCGUCUGGAAGAGCUAAUGGUACGACUGGACGCAUCAUUACACGACCACUUGGUGAAGCACGACAUACAGUACAUACACUUUGCAUUCCGGUGGAUGAAUUGCAUGCUUAUGCGCGAGAUGCCGCUAUGGUAA